GCUUCUCUCGCAUGUUGCCGUUGUGCCGGGGGCCAGGUGCAAGUGUUUGGUGCCGCCAUGUCCACCAUUGGUAUGAACACUGUCUUCGUACAGGUCAUAUCCAUAUCUGCCGAAUCAACAGAAUGUCGGGGAGAUGAAGUCAUCUAAUGAAGAUUUAACGUGGCCUCGCAAGCCAAAGUGCAGUACAGACCGCCAAGCAAACAGCCAACGCCUGAAUCACAAUGGACUCGGCAAGCCACGUCCCUCCAAGCUAUGGCUCAGCGUAUUCGCAGUUGUAUGCCUGGACAUAUGAUCCAACUGAUGGCUCAUGGUAUGCGCCAACAUAUGGAGGCCGAAACAGUGCCGGCGAUGCAUCUGAGCGCAACCCCAUUUCGUCCUCGGCCUCCCAGAGCCCUGCCGCUCGGAGCCACUCCGCCCACAAGGCCCUCGAGCGAGAGAUUGACUACCUGCAUGACGACCUCGACGAACAGGAUGAACGAAUGGACAUGCAGGACGAGCGAAUCCAACAGCAAGAAUUUUUCUACCGAUCGCAGUUGGGCAAGCUCCGUGACGAGCUCAAGAGGUGCGCCAACAGGAUGACUUCUCUGGAAAGUUCCCUCGAUGCCGCCAAGAAGGAGAUCAAGAAUCACAAGAGCACGUUGCAGCAGCUCGCCAAGAAUCGUCGUAAGAACAAGGAUCUUGAAAGGCGGAGGAAGAAGGAGGCUGCGAGGGUUGCUAGCGAGCAAGGAGAUACCAUACGGGGACUGCAAGCUGGAGAGCCACACGACAUUGGUUCACAGGAACGACUGAAUGGUCAUCAUGAGCAGACCGCUCCCGUGGUCAAGACUGAACCUAGAGACAGGACCACGGACAUUGAGGAAGGAGAGGUAGACGAGCUGUAAGCAUCGGUGUGGUCGUACGAGUAGGGUGAUGUCAAGGGGACAUGGUAAACCAAGGAGCACAACCGUGUAUCGGAAUAUGCGCAUUGAGCAUUUUCAAUGUUGCAUUACUUGGGAACAUAAGAUGCAACGGGGUCAGACAUACUCCUAAUACCCUACGGUGUUCCGUGGGAGAGAGAUACCUGUCUCCGGUCUAUGAAUGUAUGAAUCACAAACUGCA